AUGUGUUGCUGCUGUAGAUGGUGCAAUCCUAGUACCAAAUGUGGCAGCAAGGGGGAAUGCGACGGCGAGGAUGAACACUCCGAAGAAUGCAAGAAAGCAGGCCAUGACGGUGGAACGUAUUAUUGCCGACACGGCACUGAAGCUAACAAAUGCAAAGACUGCGACAAGACUGAGUAUUUCUACGGCGUAGGCAAAUGCCGCAUCAAGUGCACAAACUGCGGUAAAUUGUGUCCACAAGAUGCGUUUCUUCGCCUUUGCUACAUCGGAGUCCCCAUACUCUUAAUCGUAGCGGUAAUCGUUUCCGUCUGUCGUUUGUAUCCUGACCCAUUCCGCAAGGUGUUCUAUGGAUUACGUGCUUCAUUUGCUAAGUCGUUUAAAGGUUCCGGCACAUCCACGAAUCUUGCCGGCGGAAGGAUUCACGAGGAGAUGGACGCUGAUGAAUACUCCACCUUCCCGUUUAAGGGCCUAAUGUAG